AUGUUGAAAAGACAAAGAGAAACGAGUUUAGAAUCCGCUGUUAAGCAAAGAAGGUUGGAACAGAGGCUUCCCUCCUUACCAGUACAUGGAAAAAGACCUAUAUUGAAGGCAGGACUGUCAUGGAUGGUCAAAGGAAAAGAUGAAGGCGCCCAAGGGUCUUUCCUGUUUGACACCGGUUGUACAGGAGCUAUCCUCAACCAGAGUUUUGUCAGAAAACAUGGGAUUCCCUUAGUGCGGCGGGAUCAACCUCUGACAAUGUUUGAUGCUCAAGGAGAUGUCAUGAUGGGAGGAGGCGAGUAUUACACUCACCCGGUCCGCAUGACUAUGGGAGAUCAUAAGGAGACACUCCGAUGGGAAGUGGCUACUUUGGAAGAAGGAAUGACCGGUUACCUGCCAAUUAGUUGGGCUAGGAAGCAUAACCCGGACAUCAAUUGGGAACUCAACACCAUGAGCUGGAGGAGUGACUACUGCAAGCAGAAUUGUCUCCCAGCGGCCACCAAGAUUGAACUGAUCUCUCCAUACCAGAUGUUGGAAGAAGAAGAGACAGUCUAUCAAUUGGUUGCUUCAGCAUGGCAUGAUGAGGACGGAGGUGAUAUUGCUGAGAAAGUACACCACCUAUAUCGGGAAUGGGCAGAUGUGUUCAGUCAAGAGAAGAUUGGGGAAAUGCCGCCGCAUUCCCAUAAUGAUUUGAAAAUCAAACUCUUGCCUGGCACCACUCCCCCAUUUGGCCCGCUGUACCCAUGUUCCGCUCCAGAGUUGAAGGCCCUCCGAGAGUACCUGGACAAAGAAUUGUCUUCAGGAAAGAUCUCUAGAUCCAACAGCCCUGCUGCGGCGCCCAUAUUGUUCAUCCCUAAGGAGGAUGGGACAUUGCGAAUUUGCGUGGAUUACAGAGGUUUGAACAAGGUCACUGUCAAGGACAAGUACCCGCUGCCUAUCAUGAGUUGUUACGGGCAUGCCAAGCAUUUAUGA